AUGUCUAAAAUCAAAGGUCAAGUAUUUAUGGCUUUGGUUUGUAGGAAGAACUUCUGUAGCAAAUGCAGAUUAUUUAAGACUUUUGCUGGAUUAUAUGUUUAUGGGCUGAACGACAACAUGGCAGUACGUUCAGUGACACUAUGUACAGAAAAGCUGUUUAAAGUUUUAGUCAUUGGGGAUCUAAGUGUUGGGAAAAGCAGCAUAGUCUUGCGGUAUGUUAAUAAACGCUUUGAUGACGAAUACAAAGCAUCUAUUGGAAUUGACUUUGCUCUAAAAACUAUUGAAUGGGAUGCAAAGACAGUGGUGAGGCUGCAGCUUUGGGAUAUUGCGGGCCAGGAGAGAUUUAAGAAUAUGUCCAGAGUGUUCUACAAAGAGGCGAUGGGAGCAGUAGUGGUCUUUGACAUUACAAACAGCUCCACCUUGGAGGCUGCCUCAGAGUGGAAGCAGGACCUGGAUAGCAAAGUUUGUCUCGACAGCGGACGUCCGGUCCCUGCUGUCCUGCUGGCCAACAAAUGUGACAUGACAGGAAGGGACAGAGAUUUGGUGUCCUUGCUGGACUGCUUCUGUAAAGACAACAGCUUCAUUGGCUGGUUUGAGACAUCUGCAAAGGAUGACUUUAGUAAACAUAUUUCGUCAUACGAUCAAGACAUUACCAACAACAUCAUGGGAAACUGGUCCAUGAAUGGCCCCUUAAAACCCCCAGGUUCACAAUGUAUUACUUGUCUUGGCAAUUAAAAAAAAGUGUAAAUUAUUCACAGAAUUUGCCCCACUUAAGCACACUAUUAACCAAGGAAGGUCCUUUACUAUUACUUAAUCAAAUUUAACUUUAACACCUUCAUUAUUGAAUUUGGUUACGCCAAAUAACCAAUAACACAAUAAGGUGAGGAACAAUUAUCCUUCCGAAUAGAUAGAUUGUAAUAAAUAGUUUUUCUUUCAUUUGCCUAUACCUGACGAUUUAAAAUGAGAUUAUGUAAGUUUUGAACAGCUACACUGUAUUUGACCACUUAGCAAAAGGACUAAUAUUAACAUACUCUCUUAGCUGACCGACUAACUGAAACUGAAUUAUUUAUGUAUUAAUUUGCUUGUUUGAUGGUUUUUGUAUUAUAUUUUUUGUAUGACAAAUUUUACUUACACUACAGUGUAUGCGUGGAUUUUAACACUGCAGCUAUAUGGCCUGUUCAUAAAACGUUUUCAAAUAUUAACAAACAGGAACAACUUUCAGCCAAGGUUUAAACAUCGAGCCAAACACUCAGCUCAACGGAUGCAUACACAAUGUUCUAAAUGAUAUUCCCCUCAC